CUUUUAGGGUUUGCUGUUUUACAAAGUUACUUUGCUCUUACGUUUUCUCCCUUUCUACUGUUCUAUCUAGGUUUCAGUAAAUAAAAUAAGAAGAAGGAAGAAAGAAAGGAAGGAAAAAAAUGGAUGAGAGAAGUGAUAGUACUGAGAAAAUGGAGGAAAUUAUGUUACCAGGGUUUCGUUUUCAUCCCACCGAUGAAGAGCUUGUUGGGUUUUAUCUGAAAAGGAAGAUUCAACAGCGGCCUCUCUCCAUCGAGUUGAUUAAGCAACUAGACAUAUACAAAUACGAUCCAUGGGAUCUUCCAAAGUUGGCGACCACCGGAGAGAAAGAGUGGUACUUCUACUGUCCUAGGGACAGAAAAUACAGGAAUAGUACACGGCCUAACCGAGUCACCGGAGCUGGGUUUUGGAAAGCGACCGGAACCGACCGACCUAUCUACUCCUCAGAAGGGUCUAAGUGCAUUGGCUUGAAGAAGUCUCUGGUUUUCUACAGAGGUAGAGCCGCCAAAGGGGUCAAAACUGACUGGAUGAUGCACGAGUUCCGGUUGCCUUCUCUUACCGACUCAGCACCGCAAAAGAGAUUCAUGGACACAACUAUUCCUGCCAAUGAUUCAUGGGCAAUAUGCAGGAUAUUCAAGAAAACAAACUCUACAGCUCAAAGAGCUUUGUCUCACACAUGGGUCUCUCCAUUACCUGAAACAUCAUCAACCUCGGAUAUGACCAACAAAGGUUCAGACAACACUCAACUCAGUUCAGAUCUAACAACAAAAAUCAUUUCUUCUAUCCAGUUUAACCACAAUAAUGACGCACAGCAGACAUCAAGUACCACAUUUUCCCCUUUAGAUUUUUCAUAUUUUAAACCUACCAGCCACAUUGUUGGGAAGCCUCCUCAACUUCCCAUGUCCAAUGGAGACCUAACCAGCCACAUUUUUGCACCUCUUGAAACCACACCCCCUGCUAAAUGCACAGUCGAUGUUACAUCCAUGUUGCUAAACAUGUCAUCUUCGAUGCUCGGAGAUUACAGUAAUCAUAGCAAGGCCUCUGAAAGUGUGGACAUUAUGGGGUCCCAUGAACAUAGCAAUGUCUUCUCCGUUGGUUUUCUCCAUGACAUGCAUGGGAAUAUCAACAAUGGGGUGCAUGGGGAGGACCAGUGGGAAGGAAUCCGAUCUAUUGGAUUUCCCUUCAGUUUUCCGGUGAUGGGCACGGGAGAAGCUUGGAAGCCAAACAUUGUGUGGGACUCUUCCUACUCUCCUAGUGAGAUGUGCACGAGUUUUUCAACAACUAAGUGUUACACUUGAUGGAAAUGAUUACAUGGUAAAAACAUGUCUGGUAGUUUUAGGUUAGGAGCAAGUUGUGGGGAAAAAAAAAAUUUGUCUUUCUUUGUAGGAUGUUUAUUACAAACAAAUUAAAUUGUUAACUCUACU